CAUCAAAAAUUACAACAAUAGUGAUGAUGUGAGACAGAAGCUUUUAAUACCUUACAAUUUGCAACAAAGAAUUUACAAAAUGUUGCAUGAAAACCCACAGGGAGUGCCAGUCCAAACCAUCGAACAAGAACUUUGUUCCAUGCAGACUCUACGGAACUAUGGAAUAUAUGAUGGCGGUGGUGUUUACCAGUUACUUAAUUGUCUUAAUCACUUUUUGAAGGUUUCCAAAGGGAUGGUUUACCCUUUGCAAAAUAUUAAACCAGUGUAUAGACCAAAAUCAGUACAGUCAGUUAUUGAUUGUCGGGAUUCGAACAUUUCUAACUCAGGGACUGUUGGAUAUGAAAGUUGUAAUGACAUUCACCCUCAACAGAAUGGUGCUGUGGAGGAAGAUAAUGAACUGGAAUGCAAAGUAAACAAUGAAGAUGAUGCAUCUAUUUCAGAGGAAGUUCAUGGGCGGUUAGGUGUUGGUGAUGUAUGGACUAACAGAGAAAAGACUGAGGAAGGUAUAAAUGUGAUUCUUAACAGCAAAUCACCAAUACCUGAUAUAUGUACUUACAACAGUGCUUGUACCAGUGAUAUCAUAAGUGAGCGGAUGAAACUAAACUUGCGGCUUUUGUUGGACAAGUAUCCUGGUGGUAUUUGGUGUUCAGAACUUCCACAUUUAUAUAAGGAAGAGUUCAGGGUCGUGUUAGAUUAUGUCAGCCUCGGUUUUGUAAGUGUGAUUCAGAUGGCGUCUAAUAUACCUGAUGUGUUCCAUUGCAUUAAACCAGAUGGAACAGACUGGAAAUUGUUCGAUGCUCAGAAAAAACUGCCUUCUCAGUACUCAUCAUAUGACAUCAAAUCUAAUAAAAUAGUAUCAACAAAAAUGUUUCCUUCUGUACCAUCAAAAGUAAAGAAGAACAUUGUGAAGCUUCUCACAUAUUAUUCGAACGGAAUACCAAGUGAUCAACUCCUCAGUCGAUAUAUGGAAGUGUUCUUGACUUCAUUCAGUAUACAAGAGAUGGGAUUUGACACAAUGGAGUCAUUUCUUCUGUCUCUCAAUGAUACGGUUUUGCACAUGCGCUAUGUAAACAAGAAGAUACUUGUAUAUCCUCAUGCUUAUGAUACAGAACCAGAAUUGGGUAAUCCAUUACCACAUAUAACUGAGCCACAAGACCCCUUUCCAGACUUGUAUAAACCUGAAGUGGUUGGUCCAAAGGGAACAAUCCCAUAUGAGAAUAUACCACCUGAAACUGCACCAGGAGGAUUUCUUGAGGUGUUGGUGGCAGAGGUUUAUACACCUCAGAACUUCUGGAUACUGUUAAGAGGAGAAAAAACUCACUUGGCACUGGACAGACUUAUGAAUGAUAUACAGGAAUUCUAUAAUCAAGAAGCAAAAUGUUAUCAUAUGCCAGAUGUAACAAUUAGAAUUGGUCAGUACUGUAUGGCUCCCUUCAAUAAGGAAUGGCAUCGUGCAUGCAUUACUGCAGUGCACAAUCUUACUGAUGCACAGGUUCUGUUUGUUGAUUAUGGUACUUCAAGUCGAGUGAAGAAAAAUGAGUUGUUAUUCAUGCACCAGGAUUUUAGUACUUUUCCAGUGCAAGCAAUUAAAGCUAGUCUUGUCAACCUAAUGCCAGCUGAUGGUGCUAAAAAAUGGCCCUAUGAAGUCAAUAUACGUUUUCUUGAACUGGUGUCUGACAAGAAUCUCAUUGCUGUUGUCUCAUCAGUAGAUCAUGAGGCUCGCAGACUGGAAGUAGCCCUCGUGGACACCUGUGGUGAUGAGGAUGUGCACAUUAAUGACGUCCUAGUAAAGGAAGGAUUGGCAGAAUAUAAAACAAACAAGCUGCCAUCACCACCACCACAAAGGAUUGAGGCAGACCUUGCACCUUUGACAGUCACAGUGAGCCGCCCGCCACCAGGCUUCUCUUUGGGAUCAAAACUUUGGAGGCAGUCAUCUCUCUCUCCUACAGGAUCUACACUACCAGAACAAACUGUUACCGAAAUACGCGGCCAGUCACACCUACAGUCGCCACUACCAAACAAGUCUGUGCUUAAUGUCAAUGCAUCAAACUUCAUACCUCAAUCCACUAGUGUACCAGCAGCAUCACCAUUAUGUGACAUCAGCAUGCUUACAAACACAAGUCUUUUACAAGAACAGGCAUCACUACUUCAGCAGUUUUUACUUUAUGACCGUUAUCUACAACAUCAGCAUUUAAUGGCGUCUUUAAUGAUGCCAAAUCCCACAUUGGCAUAUUUAGUUUCACAGCAAACUGCAGCAGCACUAGCUAAUCAAUAUGGAGUACCAAGGUUGAAUCCACCAGUGAUGUGUACUCCAACUGCUAUUGCUGAUAGAAUGGAAAAUGCAGAGCAGUUGCAUCUGAAUAUUUUACAGGUUUGUCCUACGUCAUCCCCAAAUUCUUCAUUAAAUGAAGAAUCCUUACCUCCCAUUAUUGAUAAGUCAUCAGUAUCUACAAAACUUUUGAUUGGAGAUUCUGUUGAAACAUCUGAUACUGGUACCAAAGAAUGUUUGUCUGUGACAUCACCUGGUGUUAGUUAUUCACCUGUUAGUAAUCAAAUUAAUCCACAGAUGUGCAUUCAUGUUCAUAGCAGUUCACAACCAGCAGUAGAUAGUAUUGCAUCUCAAAAGGAAGUGACAGUGUUGAGUCAAGUUAGAGAUGAAGAAAAACAAAAUAAAUUUGCUGUACUGAGUGAAGCUUCUAAUAACACUGUGUGUACAGAGUUUACUUAUAGCAUGGACACUGUUCAAGUGAAAUCACAUAUUAUGAAGUCUGAUCCUGAUGGCAUUGAUGAGCAGGAGUGUAUGAAAGAAAGUGGAGAACAAAUUGAAGAUUUGUCAUUUGAUUCAGAUGAAAUAUACAGAAGUGACGAUGAUAGUGAACAAGAGCAGUGGUCUGUACUGGAACCACACUAUGUAAAGGAGAUUGAAAUUGCAAGAAGAACGGUUCAUCUGAUCAAUGUGUCUAAUACAGCAUUCCUCUGUACUGAAGAAGUAAUACGACUCUUCACAGACUUCCGUGGACGUCAUGUUGUAUUGAAGAUGCUCGAUGCAAGGCAAAUUAUAAUACCAUUCCAUGAAAUUGGGCGAAACGAUUUACCUGUUGUCAUUGACGCUAUUGAAGCUUUUAAUGUUGUGGGUGUGCCAAAGAAUGUAUCUGGCUACAUACAGGGUAAAGUCCAUCUCAUUCCCUUGAAAUCAGUGCCCCAUAUGCUGACAUUGCUUAAUGUGCAAGACAGAGCUGUGUUACGUGCUGUGCAGGAGGAGAUAGAGAAGUUUGAUCCAAGUGACAUUUAUUGGACAGGAAAUAUCAAUUCAGCAGCGUGAGAGAAUGUUGUGUAUGACCCUUAAAACAACCUUGUUGUAAGUAUGACUAUUUCAUGGGAAACAUUUUUUUAAAAAGUUCAUUUUUGGUGAACAGAAGUUGGUUCUGCAGUAUUCUUAAGAACUGUAUUUAUUCAUUUUCCAUAUUCCAUCUAUAUGAGUGUCACAUUUAUUAAUCAAACAUUUAAGAUUGGAGCAUGCCUAUGUGCAUUCUGUAUAAUAUGUUCAAGCUCUGUAUGAAGAUCAUGAAAAAAAUGUAUUUACCAAUGAUGUCUAAGAUCACAACAUAAGCACAUACAGGAGUACAAAAAUACAUUUCCAUGCAUUCUCAGAUGAGUGUUCAGGUUGAUGUGAUUUAUUAUUACUAUUGUUAUUUUUUAUUAUCUUCUUCAUCUUUAUUUAUCAUUCAGGGGAAGUAGCUGCACCAUUUAUUGAAUAGAAGAGCCAAAAUCAUUCUGAACACUCCAUUACUUGAAAGAAGAAACAGAAUUUCUCAAAAAUGUCUCAUUCUGCAAAACACAUGAAAUUCUGGGGAAGAAUACAUAAUUCCUUCUUUUUUCAAAUAUUUUGACUCAUAUAGCUGGAAGUGUGAAUUAAUAUUUAUGUAAUUCAGUGGUUCAGUUUUGUUCAUGAUUUCUACUGGUUCAAAUUUUUACUGUGUUGAACUUUUCAGAUAUAAUUUCAGUUGUUCAAUCACCAUAUUUUUAUUAUUUGUAUGUAUUUCAUUUAGAAUGUGUACAUAUGUUGUCACCAUCAUACCAAAACCUAGUUAUAGAUUUUGCAUUGUCCUGAUUAUGUUUUACAUUCUAAGACCUUACCUUGACAGAAAUUGAAUAUUCUGUUGAGGUCUAAUGGGAUACAAAAUUUCAGGACAUGAUAAAUGGCACUAAUGUUCUGACCUCUGAAGUGUGCAUGAUCACUAAUUCAGUACCAUGCAAUAAAUUAGCCUACAUCAUUAUUUUAUAACAAAAUAUAGACAUAUGACAUUGUCUUUCAAUUGAAUAUGUUUGUGUGUUCUCUGAUAACUCUUGAAUUGAAAAUUUUAAUGUAAUUUGGUAUGAACAUCAUGCCACUUAAGGUCACCCCACCUAUGUACAUUUUAAAUUCAUCUGCCAAUAAUCCUAACAUGGUGACCAUGGUACACAGUAUUCCAUUGCAUGUUAUCAUACAUAGGUAAAUGUUUCAAAUUCAAUGUAGCCAUAUGUGUUCUUGAUAUCUACAUUGAAAUGUAUAAUAGUAAAUCUGAAAUGUUCAAAAUACUGGAGAUUUAUUGUUCCGCUGUUGUAUUUUCACACUAAAAUAAAUAUUUUUGUUAAGAGA